GCAGAUCCAGUAGUUGGGAGUUUUUGUACAGCGCGAGCGAAAGAGAGAGAGACAGCGAGAGCGAGAGAGGAGUGUGCGCGUGUAUGUGUGUGUGUAAUUGCUACCGAGAGAGCGAAAAGAAGGAGGGGGAAAAAACAAUACGUGCAUUUUUUUUUUGUCCAUCGCAUAUUGCUCUUAGGUUAGACUGUCACUUUGGCUGUGUUUUCGUCGCGCGAGUAUUGCCUCUUGAAAACCUGUACCACCAGCACCAGCACCACCCAGAGCCACGCAGAGUCCGGGUCUGAGCAGCAGCCCCCCGAAAAAGUCCCAACGCGGCGGUUUCAGCGGGCAUGAGCUAACCCAGCCCGACAUGGAGACCAAACCGUUCCUGUCACUGGGGUUCCUGAAGCCCCAGUGCUCCUUGGCCCCUCCCCCCCAGCGAGGUCGUCCAGGUGAGGGCUGCACCUGCUUCAGCGGGAUGUGUUCCCUGCACCAGCGCCGCCUGGCCACCGGCAACCCCCACUACUCCUCGGGUCAGAUGACCUCGUCGCCCCUGGGCUCGCCCACGUCCCACCGGGGGAUGCACCCGUCGCUGCUCAGCCCGGGCUCCAUGGGCCCCCAGGGGCCCCUGCACUCCCCCAUCAGCAGCCUCAGCUCCCCCAUCAACGGCCUGGGCUCGCCGUUCUCCGUCAUCAGCUCCCCCAUGGGCCCGCACUCCAUGACGUCGCCCGGCAUGGGCUACGGCCCCAGCGUCAGCCCCCAGGUGAGCCCCCUGAACUCGCCCCUCAGCAGCUCGGAGGACAUCAAGCCCCCGCUGGGUCUGAACGGCGUCAUGAAGGUCCCCGCCCAGCCCUGCGGGACGCCGCUGUCCCUCACCAAACACAUCUGUGCCAUCUGCGGUGACCGCUCCUCAGGUAAACACUACGGCGUGUACAGCUGCGAGGGCUGCAAGGGCUUCUUCAAGAGGACGGUACGCAAGGACCUGACCUACACCUGCCGGGACAACAAGGACUGCAUCAUCGACAAGCGGCAGAGGAACCGUUGCCAGUACUGCCGCUACCAGAAGUGUCUGGCCAUGGGCAUGAAGAGAGAAGUGUUGUUACACGCAGCCGUUCAGGAGGAGCGGCAGCGGGCUAAGGAGAGGAGUGACGGAGAGGUGGAGUCCAGCAGCAGCUCCAACGAGGACAUGCCGGUGGAGAAGAUCCUGGAGGCGGAGCAGGCUGUGGAGCCCAAGACCCACGCGUACACCGAGACCAACCUCGGGGCCCCGUCCAGCUCGCCCAACGACCCGGUCACCAACAUCUGCCAGGCGGCGGACAAGCAGCUGUUCACGCUGGUGGAGUGGGCCAAGAGGAUCCCCCACUUCUCAGAGCUCCCCCUGGACGACCAGGUUAUCCUGCUGCGAGCAGGGUGGAAUGAGCUGCUGAUCGCCUCCUUCUCCCACCGCUCCAUCUCGGUGAAGGACGGGAUCCUGCUGGCCACCGGGCUCCACGUGCACCGCAACAGCGCACACAGCGCCGGCGUGGGCGCCAUCUUCGACAGGGUGCUGACAGAGUUGGUGUCCAAGAUGAGGGACAUGCAGAUGGACAAGACAGAGCUGGGUUGCCUCAGAGCCAUCGUCCUCUUCAACCCAGAUUCGAAGGGUCUCUCCAACCCGGGGGAAGUGGAGGCCCUCAGGGAGAAGGUGUAUGCGUCUCUGGAGGCCUACUGCAAGCAUAAGUACCCUGAGCAGCCGGGCAGGUUCGCCAAGCUGUUGCUACGGUUACCGGCGCUGCGCUCCAUCGGCCUCAAGUGCCUGGAGCACCUCUUCUUCUUCAAGCUGAUCGGAGACACGCCCAUCGACACCUUCCUCAUGGAGAUGCUGGAAGCGCCGCAUCAGAUGACAUAGGGAUGGCGAGGGAAGGCGGGACUUCCUCUCUGGUCCUCCAAUCCCCUGCCUGGUCAUCAUCCUCAUCGUUGUCAUCGUCUUAUUGGACGCCACCACCAGCGCCGCCCUCCCGGCCCCCCUGGACCUAUCAGGCUUGGGAGCAGUGGGGUAGGGGGAGGGGUCCUGUGACUCCCCCCCGGCCCGGUGAGGGACAUCGCGCUCAUGCACGUUGCGCCGGACCCCUGGGCGUGGACAGCCUCGAUGCCCGUUAGCCAGUCGCCACGGUUACCGUGGAUGUGCGUUGAAAUGCGCUGCGACGAAGUGGGGGGAGCGAAACAGAAGAUGAAUUCAUAGUGUCUUUUUUUGGGGUUUGUUGCUCUGUUUUAUACUUUGUAAAAAUAUAUAAAUAAGAAAUAUAUAUAGACAUAUAUAUAUUAAAGAAAAAGAGAGAGACACCGACGAGAGACACCGACGCGCAUGAGACGCUGAAAGACUGAGAUGGACCCGAAUGAACUGGACGGAAUGUUUCUCUUUCUUUUCUCCCGACUAAAGGAAGAUAUACCAGCGGUUUACGGCGAUCAGGAAUAAAGACAAACCCUUAGCUUUGCUUGUGUGCAGACAUGUUCCUAGCAGUGAUGACGUCACCCCUGGACGCUCUCUAGAGUUGUGGAUGAGACAAUCGUGUGCUGGAGACCGCCGGUCGGUCGGCGACACGUGCCGACCGACUCGAACCCGGACCCUACGAAACCCCGGGUAUACCGUCUGUCAGGACCUUAGCAUCUCUCUCUCUCUCUCUCUCUCUCUCUCUCUCUCUCUCUCUCGCUCUCUCGCUCUCUCGCUCUCUCUCUCGCUCUCUCUCUCGCUCUCUCGCUCUUUCUCUCUCUCUCUCUCCCGCUUUCUCGCUCUCGCCCUCUCUCUCUCUCUCCCUCUCUCUCUCCCUCACCCUCUCCCUCUCCAUCUCCCUUGCUUGCUCACGCUCUCUUGCUCUCGCUCUAUCUCUCUUUCUCUCUCCCCAUCUCCCCAUCUCUCUUUCUGUCUCACUCUCUCUCCCCAUCUCUCUCUUUCUCUCCCAAUAGCUGUCUCUCCCAAAUUCUCUCUGUCUCUCUCCCUAUCUCACUCUCUCUCACCCCCAAUCUCUCUGGGGCUGAACGAUUUAGGGAAAUAAUUGAAUUGCGAUUAUUUUGACCAAUAUUGCGAUUGCGAUUUAAUAUGCGAUUUUUUUAAUUUAUCAAGUUCCUUAUGUUCUGUAUUAUUCACUAAAAAAAACAUAAAUCCUUCUUGAGUAUGACCAUCACAACAUUGGAAGCAGUCAACAUGUAAACUGCUCUUUCCUUUAGGACAGGCCGAUGUGUUGAGAUGAAUUUAUAUUAUGACAUCUUUAUUUAACUUUUGAAUUGUAAAAGAAAAAUAAAUCUAAAUCUUACUGAUCUCCAGUCAGUAACGGUAACCCCCCCCCCCCCCCCCCCCAAAAAAAAGAAAAAAAAACACCAAAAAUAAUACUUUUUUUUGUUAUUUUUAUAUCGCAGCCUUGGCGAUUUGCAUAUCGCGUUCUAUUACAUCGCAAUUUCGAUUUGAAUUUGAUUAAUCGUUUAAAGCCCUACUAUAUUUCUCCCAAUCUCUCUCUCUCUCUCUCUCUCUCUCUCUCUCUCUCUCUCUCUCUCUCUCUCUCUCUCUCUCUCUCUCUCUCUCUCUCCCCCCCAUCUCUCUCUCCUCUCCUCGUAUAGGGUCAAGUCCUUGGUUAGCUGGAUGUGAGGCUUUGAAAGCUUUGAAGUUUGAUUUGGAGGUCGACCAAAAAUAUUAAACUCAGGUCUCUGCCCAAAUUCAAAACCCGUUGAACCAUAUGUCAUUCACACCACAUGGGCCCCAUGUACGGGGCCACCGCCUUCUCUGUAGGGGAAAGGAGCGUUUGCAUCGACCAAUCGGAAUACUGGAACCCAAUCCCCCUGACCAAUCGGUAAAGAACAGGAAGUGCAACCGACUGCUAUGGCUUCUGGUGCAGCAGAGAAGCUGCCUAUCCAACAUGAUGAAAUCAAAAUGUCAGUUUGUGUUGACUCUAAACUCGCAACGCCCUCUUUAUCUAAACGUUCCUAAUUACAAACAAUUAAUUCUCAAUGUACCCGAAAGUGUCAAGGAAUCAAAAGGAAGUUCCCCCCCACCCACUGUGAGAAACCAUUUCAGCCAGUUUCUCCUCCCAGUUUCUCCCAUUGGCUGUGACCACUGCCUUUCACCCUUAGCACUGUGUGAAAUUACAGUUAGAGGCGGUACCUCAGAAGUCAUGUGAUCAGAUCUGGGUUGGCGAAGGCGUCAUCCAAUAGGAGCGCUUGAGCUGCACCAUGUGGACAAUCAAUCCCCGGUUUCUUGAUAGUUCAGCCCCAUGAUUCAGAGGAUGUCCCUGAACGCCACCAGGGAACCCAUGCGAUCCACCAGCUCAUCCACCAUCCAUCACACAGCCUCAUCCAGUGUCCCACGGAGGUCGUCCCCCUCAUCUUCACGUCCCUUCUCAGGUGACUGCGAGGUGAAGUGGAGAAGAAGCUAAUAAAAAAUGUCUGAAACUCUGCAGGAUCCAUUCUGAGCGAGAGGUUGCGACCUCUGAGACGGCACCGCAGGGAAUAGACGUGUGAUCGGCGCUUUAAGUGCUCUACCGGCGAUGGAUGUGUCACAGCUGUGUUGGCACACCUUCUCACUUCUGUCCCCUACCACCUCCUCCUCCUCCUCCUCUUCCUCCUCCUCCCCUGACCUUCUCGGACGUCCCUCGUCAUGUGAACUCCUGCCCACCAUUACCACGCCCCGCCCUGCCACCUCUCACCCCCACCACCCAGCUCAUCCAAGGCCUCUUCUACGGACGGUCUUAGCUUUAGACAUCGCCCUGAUACCUACCUGGGUGCAGGGUUACAAUCGUAUACCGUAGUGUGGUUUUUUUUGGGUUGUCUUCGUUUUUCUUGUUUUCUGAAUGGCACACAUCACAAUUACCUCGGUUUUCCGUCCAUCUGAAUGAUCCGCGAAGCGCGUUGACCGUCCGCAUCGACCGUCUGCCUGUGGGCUCCGGGUCGUCCAAAGGGCCCAGAGUUUGUGCCUGGCCCCCCAUGCCCCGAUCUGUAGUCUCGGUUUCCAGUGUAGUUCCCGUUGUUCCUGUGUUGUCCCAAGCCCACUGCGCUCUCAAGUCCCAGUGCUAUCCCAGGUCCUGCAGUGGUCUCGAGUCCCACGUUUGUCCCAGAUCCUAGCGUAGUUCCCAGGUCUCAAUGUCGUUCCAGGACCCUUUGGUCCCUGUUUAGUUCCCAGGCUCCAGUGUUGUCACUAGAGGCGUUCAAGGGCCCACAGGGCUACCAGAUACCAGGAGAGAAAAAGGGUUGUAUCAGGCUCUCCACAUUGAGGUUUCCACAUCCCUGUGUAGAUCCAAAUCUCUGUGUUAUCGUGAUUUAGAUGUACACUCAGAUUCAAUGGUGGCCCCUGGCGCCUGGAACGCCCCCCCAUAUCCCGUGUCGUCCCAGGUCCCUGAGGGCGUGUGUGGUCAAAGGGUUUUAAUGACCGAGUGGGACAAGUGUGUGAGUUUGCAGUCGCUCCAUUGUGCGUUUGUUGUGAUUCCUUAGUAGGACUCCUUGACACAGGGGUGGGCAGUGUAUUCGAUGUUAUUCAUCCUCUAAAUUUCCUUUCUGAACAGGUCAUGGUUCAAGCAUCUCUCGGUUCAAGGUGGAAUAUUAAAGCUCACCAUGUUUUCUGUGUGUUUGAGUCACAGCACACCACACACACACACACACACACACACACACACACACACACACACACACACACACACACACACACACACACACACACACACACACACACACACACACACACACACACAUCAUCUUUUCUGCCCUCUGUCCUCCUUGAAAGCUGCAGUCGCUGCAACACUAUGCAUGGAGCUCAUUUCCAAAGAUUGCCUAUAGAGUGGUGGUGUUUCUAUUCCAACUGUUUCUAUCAAAAAUUGACCCUUUGAAAACCUGUUUAAGGACAACAAUGUAUGUUUCUCAGACCAGGGGGGUAGGGAUGCACAUGGACAGGAGGCCGCCGGCGUUCCUCGCGGUUUGUUUAGGUUGGUUUUUAACAUGUUUUAUAUGGAUACUCUGAGAAAUCGCUUGAUAUUUAAGAAGGCACAGGAAAAGGCUAUUAAGAAAGCAACAACUGUUUGACCUUGAUUUAGGUUUCCUCAAGAAGGAAUUGUGAAACCGGAGUGGCGUCAGAAGUUGGAGCAGUAUUUGUACAUCAACAUAACCCAACAUCUCCAAUUUAGAAAAAUGGAAAUUUUUUAAUUAUUUUGGUGAUUGAAAACAAUUAAAAAACGAUCAAAUUUGGUCCUUCCCCAACUAUAUACAUUUUUACAGAAUCUUUGCUUUUGUUUUUUAAGGUCCUGGGCUCGGUUUCACACAAGGGAAUUUUGGACAUUUUGGGAAAUGUCGGCUUAAUCAAUCUGGUAAUGUGUUCGUUCAGAUUGCUGAUAGGACACUGACGUAAAGCCAACAUGGAGAGGGUGCAAGAGAGAUCCCAGACCAGAAUUAAAUCUGGAUCUGGUUUGAGGGGAAAAAACUGUUUGAACACGGAGAGAACACGAUGUGGUUGGCGGCUGUUACUGUGACUUCCCCCUAGUGGAAGAGAUGCAGCACUGCAAAAUUACUUGAAUUUUAUACAAGUAUUUAAAUUAGAAAAACAAGGCACUUUUUUGUCCAAUGCGUCAUGUUUAAUAUUCCUCUUGGUCGAAAAUCUCAGUGUUUGAAUGAUUUUUACAAGCAAUAACCUCAGUAUCUAUUGGCUUGUAUGAUCAAUGCAACAUACUUUAUUGCAGUGGAACGAGAUGAGUAUCCAGGUGACAGAAUUGAAUCCCAGCUCAGACUCAGUUUACAGUAUUUAUAUUCUACACUAGUGAUUUUUGUGUUCUUUCCUCAGAAUUCGCGAAAAAACGAACGACAACUAAUUAAUCAACUUGUUCACAAACAUUUUCAACCUAAGCACUAUGACUGGGGAAAAAGUUUUGAAUUGUGUCUAUCAAUAUUCUCAGCAACAGCAAUUAUUUGUCCCCUUGUUUUCAAAAUUUCCUCCAAAUUUGUAUGCAUGGCCGACAUUGGUCUCAGAGAUGAAGAACAUUCAAUUUGUUAGCCAACAGUGACAGCCUUUUUAAAAUACCCUCCUGCUCUCCUCAAUCUUGUGUCUACUCUUAGCUGUACCACAGUACUGUGAUCAGAAACCCCAGUGAUUGAAAGCCAUAAACGGACGUUUUAAUAAACCAAUAACGAAGGACUGCAGGAAAUGCAAACGGAGACUUAAUCGCAGAAGAAACGCGUUGAUAGAAUUAACUGUAAAUGCUUUAUUAUGAUGUAAAGCUAUAUUUUGUCUAUAUGUACAUUGUGUAUAUAUUUAUAAAUAUAUAUAUAGAAUUUUGUUCCUUGAGCAUUUCCAGUCAAUAUGGCAAGAGAAAGACAAGACUUUUUAGACCAAACGAUUCUAAACCAGGUCAAGUGUCGAAGUUAUCCAGCGCGGAUAUACAGUGGUUUCAAAAAGCGUUAAGGAUAUUUUUUUUUUUUGCUUUUGACCUUGACUUUCUAAAAAAGUUUACCAGCAGAAUCGCAGCAGCUCUUAAAAUUCAAAAAGAACCAGCUCAAAGCAGUCUAUGGGACCUCAAAAAGUAGCAAAAACUAAAGAAAGAGAAAAAUAACUAAAAGAAAAUCUUUCAAAUGUAUGUUUGCUUGGCUAUUGUAUGUUGGAAAUGUAUUCAGGAAAAGCUGAGCUUGCAACACAAUCACUGCUUUCUUUGUUACAUAGACGUUAAGGUUCAAGAAAAUGUAAAAAAAAAAAAAAAAAAAUUGAAAAAGAUCUAUUUUUGUACAAA